AUGGGUUCCGUCGUCAUUCCUCACCUAGUCACCGGCUGGCACGUUGAUCAGGCCAUUCUCUCCGAAGACGAGCGCCUUGUGGUCAUCCGCUUUGGCCGCGACUGGGAUCCCGACUGCAUGCGUCAGGACGAAGUCCUCUACAAGAUUGCGGACAAGGUCAAGAACUUUGCUGUCAUCUACGUCUGCGACCUCGACCAAGUCCCCGACUUCAAACAAAUGUACGAGCUCUACGACCCGGUGACUCUCAUGUUCUUCUUCCGCAACAAACAUAUGAUGUGUGAUUUUGGCACCGGCAACAACAACAAGCUGAACUGGGUCCUCGAAGACAAGCAAGAGCUCAUCGACAUUAUCGAAACAAUCUACAAGGGCGCAAAAAAGGGUCGGGGUUUGGUGGUUUCGCCCAAAGACUACUCGACAAGAUACCGAUACUAG